UGGGUCAAUGAGCCGACAAACUUGUGACCCCUCUCUUUCUCUCCUCCACAAUUUCUCUCGGCGUUAAUAAUUUGAUCUAAUCUAAAAAAAAGAAUAAAAAUAAAAAAAAGUACAAUUCAGUUUCUGCUCCGUCUCACCGUGAAGUAUGGCAGUGACGGAUUUCUUCGCCGGAGAGAUUGCCUUCGAGCUCCUCAAGAAGCUACUAAUUAUCUCGAGGAGAGCUUGUUUAUGCAAGGCUAGUGCUGAGCAGCUUGCUCAGGCCAUUCAGAACUUGCUUCCGAUAAUCAAAGAAAUCAUGCACUCCGGAGUCGAAUUACCGCCUCAACGGCAACGACAGCUUGACACGAUUUCACGACGCCUCCUCAGCGCAUCGGAACUCGCCGACAAAGUUCAGCAAUCCGGCCGGUGGAAUGUCUACAGAAAUCUCCGAUACGCGAGGAAGAUGGAGAAGAUCGAGAAAGAGAUUUCUCAAUUCGUCAACGGUCCAAUGCAGUGUCACAUCCUCGCGGAUAUACACCAUACUCGGUUCGAAAUUAGUGAAAUGGCUGAAAGGUUUGAUCGAAUUGAUCAUCGCCUUCGAGGCAUGAAGAUUGGUGGUGUCACUGAUGACGUUAGGAAGAUGGAUCUUGAUGAACAUGAGAUGUAUGAGAGUAAUUAUGUGAAUUUUGGUAUAGAAAUGAAGGUAGCGAUGAGGAAAGUGAAGGAGAUGAUUCUACUUAGGAACGAUAUAACCGUUUCUGGUAUUUGCGGGAUGCCAGGUUGUGGUAAGACGACUCUUGCCAGAGAGCUUCGUAAAGAAGAUGAAGUUAAAAGUUCCUUCAAUGAAAUCCUGUUCCUGACUGUAUCGCAAUCACCAAAAGUGGAAGAAUUGAAAUCGAGAAUUUGGACAAGCAUUCAUGGAGGACCAGCCAAUGCACGCUCACAAUGGAAUCAAAUAUCAGAAUUCAGUAUAGUUAAUAAUAAGCGAGUACUGGUGAUUUUGGAUGAUGUCUGGUCUGAAUCUGUUCUUCAACAGCUUAUAAGUUGCAGAAAUAUCCCUGGCUGCAAAUUCCUUGUGGUGUCUAGAAUCAAGUUCUCGCAAUUGUUCAUCGACGCCACUUACGAAUUGAAGCUAUUGAACCAAGAUGAAUCCAUGUCCUUGUUUUGCCACUUUGCAUUCGGCCAAACAUCCAUUCCUCUUGGCACUAAUCAGAAACUAGUCAAACAGGUGGUGGAUGAAUGUAAAGGCCUUCCUUUAGCACUUAAAGUGAUUGGUUCAUCGUUAAGAGAUCAACCUGAAUUAAUAUGGACAAAUGCGAAGAACAAGCUAUCAAGAUGUCAAUCUAUAGGCGAGUCUCACGAGAAUCAAUUGCUCGAAAGAAUGAAACUAAGCAUUGAUUAUCUCGACUUCAAAGUUCAAGAAUGUUUCAUGGAUUUAAGCUGUUUUCCAGAGGACAUGAGGAUUCCACUCGACGUGUUCGUCAACAUAUCUAUUGAAUUACACGACAUUGAUAAGGAAGAAGCUUUCGCAAUCCUCCUCGAGCUCUCCAACAAGAAUCUCAUCACUCUGGUAGAAGAAACACGAUCAGGGGAGAGUUACAGCAGUUACUACGACAUCUUCAUAACUCAACACGACGUUCUGAGGGAUCUCGCAAUUCACUUGACGAAUAAGAAGGAUGUGAAUGAGAGGAAACGGUUACUCAUGGCGAGAAGAGAAACAGAGCUUCCGAAUGAAUGGAGAAGGAUGAAAGAUGAACCGUUUCGUGCUCGGAUUGUUUCGUUGCAGACAUGUGAAAUGAAAGAACACGAAUGGUUCAAUAUGGAUUUCCCUGAAGCCGAAGUUCUAAUUCUCGAUCUCUCGUCAUCCGAUGAAUAUUUCCUUCCUCCGUUCAUCCAUAACAUGCCGAAGCUCAAAUCGUUAAUAGUGAUCAACCAUGGGAGGAAGAACACAACCAUUAAUAACCUAUCAGUCUUCACAAACAUGAACAACUUAAGAAGCCUCUGGUUCGAGAAAAUAUCAAUCCCUAAACUACUUCCGCCAUUCGAGAAACUUCAAAAGCUAUCUCUAAUACUCUGCAACAUAAACAACAGUCUUCACCAUCCCAAUCUCUUCCCUAAUCUCUCAGAUCUCACCAUAGAUCACUGCAACGAUUUCACCGAAUUACCUAUAACCGUUUGUCAUCUACAACGCCUUGAAUCACUAAGCAUUACAAACUGCCAUGGCCUCCGUGAACUUCCUUCAAACCUGGGGAGACUGGGUUGUUCUUUACGGAUUCUCCGGCUGUACGCCUGCGCCUCUCUGAAGGAACUUCCGGCGGGAAUGGGAGAUCUGAAGCGGUUGGAGUAUGUUGAUAUAUCUGAGUGUGUGAAGGUGAAAUCUUUGCCGGAUGAUAUUGGUGGUAUGGUGAGAUUGGAGAAGAUAGAGAUGAGGCAAUGCCCGCAAAUCUGGAAUGUUCCUGAAUCGGCGGCGGCGUUGGAAUCGCUGAGACGCGUGAUUUGCGAUGAGGAGAUAUCGUGGAUGUGGCGAGAUCUGCAGAACGCUUUGCCUAAUCUUUUUGUUCAAGUUGUGCAGGAAAGGUUUGAUUUGGAUUGGCUUUUAGAAGAUUAGUGUUAUUAUUAUUAUUAUUAUUAUUAUUAUUAUUAUUAUUAUUAUUAUUAUGCUUACCUUUUUCUUAAUUAAAAUAGUAUGUACAUCCUUCAUAAUUCCCUAUUAUUAUUGUACAUUAUUAUUAUUAUGCUUA